GAAGAUGACUACCACCUUUGAGGAGGCCGAUGGCCCGGAUUUGGGCGUUCCCGCCGAAGCUAAUGACUUUGUCAUGGAUCGCAGGUUCAUCAUGAGCAGGGCUAAGGCGAAGGUGGCCGCCGAACAGGUCGCUAAAGAUGUUGUGAAGCUGGCUGCAGAGACCGGAGCACAGCUGAGCACUGCCCAGCCGUCGAAGCCGCCCACCCAGCCGAAGAAAAAAUGACAGGCCGGCGAUGGCCUAAAGAAGCUGACUGAGGCCGGUAUGCAGCCUGCCAAGAAGUCAAAGAGGGCUUCUCCCUUGGCCGAUGUUGACGUCGGGGCUGUGACUGUGUCGGCCGGAGACGCUGGAGGCUCCAAUGCCGCUGCCCUAGUGGACUUGACAUCCGGCCCCUCGUCCACUGCUGUCUCUCAGCUUCCCCCUGUCGCCCACGACUCCCGGAAGAAGCGAUCCGGCAAGGAGUUGGUCACGGGGACUUACAAAUUGGAGAUCGAGUACCCCGUGAAGGGAGGCGUCUUCAACGAGGUUGUUGACGGCCACGAUGUGAUCUCUCAAGCCGUCCCAAUCGAGGACCGGGCCUAUCUUGACAAGCUUGGCAACGUCAGGAUCUACGACGGUGGAAUGGACCUCGUCGUCCAUGGGGCCUUCAUGCUGAUGGAGAGCCA